GUAAAAUCUUUAUCAUGAAACUUAUAUGUAAAAGAAUCAGUGAAGACAAUUUCCAUAAAAUAAAAAUGAAUAUGGAUACUAUUUACGUUGCAUUAAAAAAACUGAUCAAAGAAUUGGUUUAAUGGCAAAGGCUCUGGAAAAUUAUUUUGCAACAGUUCAUCACCGUUGAUAUAAUCCUAAUUAAAAUUAUCGGACUCCAGUUUUGGUGGAGAUGUAAAUUUGCUAGUGUCUUUGAAGAGCAAUUUUGUCAUAUUCAUGAAAAUUAAAAUUGCAUUUGGCCUUUGACAUAGAAAUUUUACUUCUGGAAAUUUACAGAGAAAGUUGCACGUGUGCACGUACACACAAGGAUAUUACCACACUACUCUAGUAUUGUUUGUAAUAACAAAAGAUUGAAAAAAUAUUAAUGUCCUCCGGUAAGAAACUGAUUAAAAUUCAGUAUGAGACAUCCAUUGUAACCAAAGCUAGGCGGCCUUGAAAAAGUCAGUGUCGCUCAGUGACAGGGCUCAGCCCACCCUCAUGCAAACCCACCCCGCGGUGUGAGGCCAGGAGGGUGCGGUCACGAGGGGCCCAGGAAGUGUGUCCAAUGCUUGAAGCAGCCCCCACGCUGGUCUGGGUCGCGCCCUGGUGUAUCUCUUUUGACGUCUACUACCCACAGCCUGGGGGAGGAAAGUGGCGGCGAGGAGCAACUGUACGCGACUCGGGACCUUGCCCUUCUCCGCGGCCAGCGUCACAAUGGCAACCGCGGGCAGCCGGCACUGACAGCUGGAAAACGAGGACCCGAGCCAGGUUACAGGCUUAGACUUCGAGCAGCCCAGGCAGAGUCUCUGCGUCCUCCAGCCCCCGCUUCCCUUCCUGUCGGAGAUCCUAAGCCCGCAGCGAAGUCUGCAAGUAGCUUUCCCCGACGCCCACGAGACCGGAAGUGCCUGGGCCCAGGUAGAGGAAGGACCCGCGUGGCCUCCUCUGCGCCCUCCCUGGCGUCCGCGCCCGUUCCGGCGCUUCUCCCGCGUCCUUCACCAUGGCAACUCUGGCGUUCGGAGCGUGGGCCGCGAGCCAGGUGGGUGGGGCCGGUGGGCUCUACCCGCCAGCCCACGAGAAGUGACGACGGUGAUGGGAGGCCGCAGGGACCUGAGGGCGGAGAGAGGAGUGCAGAAAGUGCCGGGCAGCGGCUUCCGUUUCCUCUGCGGGGUUUCUGGGUGGUCGUGGCUGGGAGCUGCCGGAGGCCUGGCGGCUGUGCGCUUCUGCUCCGGGCAAGCUCUCCCUGCAGGGCCUGGGCGGCGGCAGGGGGCAGUAGCGGCCCGCGAUGCUCGGAGGCUCCCUGGCACGGAGCUCCCGGGCUGGGGCACCUGGAUCUGGAGAAGCCGAGGGCCUUGGUCACACUCAGAGCCGACGUCCAGUACGGCCCUUGCUGAGAACUCGAGUGAACAGAUCUCUACCCAGCCCCCGCCCCACGCGCGCCCAACCUGGGUCAGCUCGCCCUGCCCUCAGCCACGCAGCUGGUGGCUAAGCGCGGGCUCCGGGUUCGGGCUGCCUUGA